GACACAAUUGUUCACUGAAUUUAGGCUAGGAAGAAAAUCGUCAUUCUAAAUUAAAAAUUAGAUUAAUUUUUGGUAUUUCAAAAUAGAUUGGAAAAGUGUUUCGACGGUUUAUAGGAUUUGGGAUAUGAUUGUGGAGUCAAAGAUGGUGAACUGAUGCCUUCUGUCUUUAUUUGUGGACUUUCAGCUUCAGAGAAUCCGUUUAACGGAAUCCUCACUGGUCUUCUCACGCACGGAAGUGGUGAAUUCGGAAAAUACUACAGCCUACCCGCCCUGAAUGAUCCCUGUUUUAAUUGAGAAAAAAUUCCAGAAGUCACGCCUUUCUUGUAGAUCCCACAACUGCCGUCUCAGAAAGAAUCACAUCAGCUAGCUGCAACUCUGAUUUUCCACAACAAACUGCUCUCACCAUACGAGAAUUACCAACACUUCCUGAAAAAGCUUCUAGCUAUCAAAUUUGUACGAAUGAACCCCAAGAUAAUUUAACCAGAGGGGAACAAAUAUGUAGUUCUUUGUCCAUCUAUGAAAUAGGGUGCACAUCGGGUAUGUCUACACCACAUGUUGCAACCUUAAUGCCAACGAAAGGUCAUACGCGGAUAAAAAAAAGUGUCCUGCUAUUAUAGAACAACGAAGUGAGUACAUUGCUCUAAAAAAAGUUCUGACUGUUUAUAUUGUAAUGCUAAAAAAUUUGAAUAUGAAUCUGGCGGAUUUUGUUGCAACAAUGGCUCAAUACGGCUAACAACACAUGAAAUGCCACCUGAAUUAGCAAAA